AAUAAGCGAAAGAAACGUGCAAUAGAUGCAAAGCUGCCGGUUGCCAAGAAACGUCGUGUACUUGUAACUCAAGAACGUGAGAAAUUAAGAAAGAAGAAUGAAAAUUCCGAAGGCGUUCAAUAUAAAUCUAACUGCGGUCUGUCGCAAGACGGUGAAGAUUUUGAAGCCUUUGACGAAUCACAAAUUAAAGGUCCAGAUAUUCAAAUGUCACCAGAGACAUGCAAUUUAGUUUUUUUUUAUUUAGAAACCUCGGGCUUCCGUAAAAGUGACGAAAUUCUUCAAAUUGCAGCAUCUUGUAAAUGGCGAAAAUUUAGCGUCUAUAUUAAUCCUACAAAAAUCAUUGAUGAUAAAGCUUCCGCGCAUACUGAAUUAAAAAAUAUUAACGGCGAUUUAUACUUUCACGCUAAAAAAGUAGAUUCGUUGCCGCUAAAAAAAGCUCUCCAGAGUUUUUUAAUGUUUUUAAAAAUGUCACCCAAGCCAUGUUUACUUGUUGCACAUAAUGUUACGUUUGACAAAUCGCAUUUACUGCGUUCUAUUUUGAAAUGUUCGAUGGGUGAAUAUAAACUGUCAGAAUUAGCUAAAAAUCAUUUAAAUGUUAACUCUGACGAUAAAUUCCAUGAAGCUUUAUACGAUGUUGAGAUUUUGGAGAAACUAGUUUCGUUGACGGACAACAAACAUUUAUUCGAAAGCUCUAAAUCUUACAGAGAGUGUUUGAUUCAUCUUAAAAAAUUAAAGCAAACUGCUUCUGGCAUGGACUGUUUAUCUCCACUAAAAGGAGUUCUAUCUGGUCAUAUAUUAAGGAAAAUGGCGUCUCAAGCCAUAAAAUACCAAGAUUUAAUUAAUAAAUAUGAGAAUGGUGGAAUAAACGAAUUAAUAAAAUUUUGUGAAGAACCAGGAAGUGAUAAUAAACCGAAUAUUACCAAAGAUAAACGGGUUUUAGAUAAGCUAUGUUCAUUUUUUACAAAAAAAAUG